UCGGGCUGAAGGGCUGCCAGAGGGAACGGUCCACCCUGCUGCUGUGUUUGCUCGGGUCUGAGUCCAUGCAAACUGCCAUCUGAUCCACGUUUAUCAAUGCGGGAGCUGAUCAUGGCGGAUGGCCCCCGGUGUAAGAGGCGAAAACAAGCCAACCCGCGGAGGAAAAACGCAGUGUUGGACUUUGAGAACGUUGUAGAAACUGGAUCAGAGACGGAAGAAGAGGACAGACUUCUGGUAUCGGAGGAGGACGGCUUGAUCAACGGGGCGGGGAGUCCAGUCAGCCUCGUCAAUCAAGAGUCCGUGGCCCCGCCCUCCCCGACCCUGGGUCACACACUGCUGAGAAAGACUGUGGAUGAUGAAGAUGAUAUGAAGGACAGUGGAAUAGAGAACGUCUGGCACGAAAACGACUUGCUCAGUGCAUCAGUCGAUGGUACCGAUGAGCUGAAGAGAGACUAUGACACUAUGGGACCUGAUGCAGCUUUAGAGCCGGUUGGGAACAGUACAGUGAAGAGCGUACACUGCGCUACUGAGUUUGAGGAUUUCUUCCGGAAGCGUAAACUGGUGGACAGUGAAAGUCAUGUGGUCAGCAUUGCCGAAUACCUCCAGAGAGGAGACACAGCCAUCAUCUACCCCGAAGCACCGGAGGAACUCUCCCGUUCCCGCCUCGCCACGCCCGAAGCCAACGGACACGAGGAGAACGACCUGCCACCUGGAACUCCAGAUGAUUUCGCCCAACUGUUGACCUGCCCCUACUGCGACCGGGGUUACAAACGCUUGACUUCCCUAAAGGAACACAUCAAGUACCGGCACGAGAAAAACGAGGAGAACUUCGCCUGCCCUCUGUGCAGCUACACGUUUGGUUACCGCACUCAGCUGGAGAGACAUAUGGCCACACACAAGCCAGGACGAGAUCAGCACCAGAUACUCAACCAGGGUUCUGGCAACCGCAAGUUCAAAUGCACCGAAUGCGGCAAGGCCUUCAAAUACAAACACCAUCUAAAGGAGCACCUGCGGAUACACAGUGGUGAGAAGCCAUACGAAUGUCCAAACUGUAAGAAGAGAUUCUCGCACUCCGGGUCCUACAGUUCACACAUAAGCAGUAAGAAAUGCAUUGGACUGAUCGCCAUCAAUGGCAGGGUGAGGAACAACAUGAAGACAGGUUCAUCUCCGACCUCUGCAUCGUCCUCCCCAACGAACAACGCCAUUUCACAGCUACGACACAAACUGGAGAAUGGCAAACCGCUCGGUUUGCAAGACCAGUCCAACCACCUCAACAUCAAAUCUGAACCACUGGACUUCAACGACUAUAAGCUGAUGAUGGCCUCUCAUGGCUACGGUACAGGCAGCCCCUUCCUCAAUGGUGGUAUGAGGGGAGGCAGCCCACUGGGCAUUCAUAACUCCCAGAAUCCCCUUCAGCACCUGGGCAUGGGGAUGGAGGGGCAAAUGCUGGGAUACCCAUCACUGGGAAACAACCUGAGCGAGGUUCAGAGGGUCCUGCAGAUUGUGGACAACACAGUUUAUCGACAAAAGAUGGACUACAAGCCAGAGGAGAUCGCCAAGUUGAAGGCUUACAUGAAGGAGUUGGGUUCCCAAAUAGAGGAACAGAAGCAAGGGCUCACCUCUCCAGGUGGACACCAGAAUACUCUUCCACUCAUCAAUCACAACGGUGCCACCAAGAGCAUCAUAGACUACACACUUGAGAAGGUCAAUGAAGCCAAAGCCUGCCUUCAGAGCUUGACUACGGACUCUAAGAGGCAAAUAAGCAAUAUCAAGAAAGAGAAGGCAAAUCAUAUGCUAGAUAUAGGUAUAGAGGACAAAACGCAUGAGAAUAAUAAUCUAAUAUUUACACCCUUCUCCUGCCAAUAUUGCAAAGAGACCUUCCCUGGCCCCAUUCCCCUGCACCAGCACGAGCGCUACCUUUGCAAGAUGAAUGAGGAAAUCAAGGCAGUGCUUCAGCCCGCUCAGAACACCUCGACCAACAAAACCGGCUUGUUUGCUGAGAAACAUGGCCUCUUGCAUCCCUCCGUCAUUCCCGAGAAGGGCAUCAACGGCCCUAUCAGUCCCUACAAGGACCACAUGUCAGUGCUGAACGCUUAUUUCGCCAUGAACAUGGAGCCCAACUCAGAAGAACUACUGAAAAUCUCCAUAGCAGUCGGCCUUCCGCAGGAGUUUGUGAAAGAGUGGUUUGAGCAAAGGAAAGUAUUUCAGUAUGCUAAUUCCAGGACUCCUCCGCAUGCAGACGAGCCGCUCAACUUGGCUUAUCUCUCUAAGAAGGAGUUUGGCAGCCCCAAUGCAAACAGCAAUCUGGACAAAAGCUCGAGCCCCAUGUUUGGUCUGAACCCCUUCGCUGCCAAACCCCUGUACACUUCCCUCCCGCCCCAAAGUGCAUUUCCUCACCCUACGUUCAUGCCUCCGGUCCAAGCCAGUCUCCCAGGGCUGAGACCCUACCCCAGCCUCGACCAGAUAAGCUUCUUGCCACACAUGGCCUACACGUACGCGGCAGGCGCGGCCAGCUACGCCGAGAUGCAGCAGAGGAGAAAAUACCAGCGGAAGCCAGGGUUCCAGGAGCUAACGAUCGCCGUCUCUUUCCAGAGCGAGCUUCUCGACGGGCCGGCAGAUUAUCUGAGCAGUCUAGAUGAUAUGGCCGACCCCGAGGCCUGUCUGUCCAGGAAGAAGAUUAAGAAAACAGAAAGUGGUAUGUACGCGUGUGACCUUUGCGACAAAACAUUCCAGAAGAGCAGUUCCCUCCUCAGACACAAAUAUGAACACACAGGUAAACGGCCGCACCAGUGUCAGAUCUGCAAGAAAGCGUUUAAACACAAGCAUCAUCUGAUUGAACACAGCCGCCUGCACUCCGGAGAGAAGCCCUACCAGUGCGACAAAUGCGGCAAGCGCUUCUCGCAGUCGGGCUCGUACUCGCAGCACAUGAACCACAGAUACUCGUACUGCAAAAGAGAGGCGGAGGAGCGCGAGGCGGCCGAGCGAGAAGCCCGAGAGAAGGGUCACCUGGAGCCCACGGAGCUGCUGCUAAACCGGGCGUACCUGCAGGGCAUCGCUCCACCCGGAUACCCAGAGCAUACACCAGAGCCUAUCCUGAGGGACGGCCUGAACGGGAGCAUUCGGGAGCGACUCAAGGAGGUGGAAGGAGCGUUUGUGAAGAUGGGCCGGCGAGACGAGGAGUUCGAGGAGGAGGAAGAAGAGAGCGAAAACAAAAGCAUGGACACCGACGGGGACACCAUGAGGGACGAGGAGGAAAACGGCGAGCACUCGAUGGACGAGAGCUCCGUGGACGGCAAAACCGAAUCCAAAUGGGAUCCCGAGGACGCGGUGUAGCCGCUCGAUCAGGGGACGGGUCGUCUGCGAAGCUGCAUUAUGCAAAAAUAUGAAAAAUAAAUGAAGUUUUACAAAUUGUACAGUAUUAAGGCCUAAAGUAUGUGUGGUGCUACCAUCCUAAAAUCACGUGUUCCAUAGUAUUUAUAGCACAAACUAGUAACUUGUACAAAAAUUGCACUCUGCUUCUAUAAUCACUACGAGAAUAAUGAAAUUAUUUGCUGAUGUAUAUUUAUACAGUGUUAAAAAGGGGUGCAGGGGAUCAGUAUUUAAUGCGUUUUUUUCUGCCCUCGCCACACACUCUUUUAGGCCGAAUUCACGUGAAGGACCGUAACAGUAUUCCGUUUGCUUUGACGAUUUCGAGUCUUAAAGAGACUGUUUGGAGAGAGAACGAUCAUUCGACCGGGACAGACGACGGAUGGACUGAGCCUUUGGAAGGUUGUUGCCUUAUAUGCAAACUUGUUAAUCAGCGCGUUUCUAAAGUGCCAACCCUGUUCAGUAUUACAGGAGAGCGACGCGAGCAGUCUCUCUCACUCGCUCUCUCUCUCUCCGAUCAGCUCUUUAGUUUACAACGACGUUUGUGCAAUUUUGUUCUCAGUAUUACACCAAACCGUUUUGCAAUGACAGAAUUGCAUCCUUUUAUUUGUAGGUUUAAAUGACAUCUUAUUUAUGUGGCCCAUUUUGUAUCUCCUGAUUUUAUUUAUUUCAUACUGUACAGUACAGUAUUAUAGUUCUUCAAUAAAUAGAU